AAAGAAUUCAAAAGAGACUGGCUGCAUGCAGCCAACACCCCGAUCACGGUACCACUCAACCCCAAAUAUCGACCGGAUCCCCAUCGUUGGGUCUGCACCUGCCCGAAUUUUGUUAAAACUCGGUUUCUCGUUUGUAAGCAUCUGGUACAAAGUGUCCACCCCGUAGUGCCUACCUUUUUCCUCGAGGUGCAACGGAACCGCACGAUACCAUUUUGGACACAUCUGUUGCUCGUUCCCCUCGAUUCCUGUCCGUCGCCGCUCGCCACUGCUGCAAUGCCUGUUCCUGUGCCACUGGAACCAGCGAACGAGGGGGAAAUGGAAUCAGGUGACGAAGUUGGUGAUGGUGCGGAAGAUGACCUUGUGGAUACGUUCUGUCAACAGCUCGACACCAGGACAUUCCAGGAACGCAUGCUCACACAUGUCAAGAUCCGUGAUUUCUGUGAUGGCCUUGAGUAUCAAAUUCAAUUUAAUGACUAUAGAAUGCUUACCGUUCUCGAACGCAAUGGCUCAUCAUUUCUCCGUCUGGCAGAUAAUUGUCUCAGUCGUGAACGACGAGAAAACUCGUCUCGAUCGCGGAGCCCAACAACCUGGGAAAAAGGGACCGCCAGCGCAAUGUUUUAUCGUGCUCGUUCAACCACUUAA